GCUGAGAUCACAUAGAAAGGAGCUUUAGAGUACCAUCCUCAGCGCCGCCCGCGUUUUGUCGGGGCUGAGCCCCCAGGGGCAGUUAAGCAUAGAACGAUGUCAGGAUUCCAAAAACAGCCGGUGAAGCAGGUCGUAGGCUUUCAUGUAGAAGGCGCGACGCCAUCGCCCACUCAGCCGUCCCUUUUGCAAGGGACCAUGACGGCCGGCUCGCCCACGCCAGUGAUCAUCCCACCGACGUUUCAGAGGGAGUCGUCGCACGGAUCACGCCCCUCCGUAACUACAGACGCGGCGCCUCGUGCUCUGGACUCGACUACGUCAGGUGGGGUGCCGGCUUCAGGAGCGCAAGCCCCUGGACCUCAGCAAGCAGCAAACGAAGCUGGAUUCGCGCCUGUUGCAUCCUCCGUGCGGGCGGUCCCGCCGUCAACGUCUGCCCCUCGCCCCAUCCAGCACCCUGAUAAGGCGGAGGCUUCUCAUGCAGGUCUCAUCAAGGUGGCCUCGCAACUCAGCAUGGCGUCGGAGGCAUCCAUGACGUCAUCGGGCAUGUUCUCUUUAGAGACGACGUCACGCUUGACGCCAUCACCGCACCUACCGCAGCAGCAGCAGCAGCAGCCCGCCUUCCCAGCAGCCCACGCUGGCAAUUCUGCCGCGCAGCAGCAGCCAGCGCAGCAGCAGCAUGUGCACCCGCACCCUGCGGCCCAGCCGCAGGCCGGAGCCAGCCAGGCGGAUGCGGCGAGCAAGGCGGGCAAGUCCCAGAAGGAGAUGACUAAGGCGGAGCGGCGAGCGCUGCAGGAGAGUCAGCGGGCUGCCAAAGCGGCGCAAAAGACCGGCGGCGGGGGUGGUGGUGGUGGCGGGGGUGCGCCGGAGAAGGGCAAGAGCAGCGCGGCAGCAGCGGAUGCGGGCGCAGCGGCUGGUCGGGGUGGUCGAGGAGGGCAGGCAGGCGGGGACGCUAAGCCCAGCAGCAGCAAGGCCGCACCAGCAGCAGGCGCAGCAAGGGCUGAUGGCGAGCGACGCACCGACAAUGCUGGGGGGGCUGGUGCCGCGGGUGCCGGCGCGGCAGCGUCGGCUGCGGGCCCGGCAGGCGAGGGUGCGAGCGGGGCUGCGGCCGCAGCGGCUAAGAAGAAGAAGGACCCCAAGGCCGUGUCGCUCAACUCCACUGAGCUGUUCGCGCACCUGCAGCAGUACAAGCGAAUCACCGUCUCCAGCCUGCUGCAGCAGCCCGCCACUGCCAACAUCCACUCCGCCAUCCUGCAGCUGGGGCUGCGGUAUGCGGAUGGGUCCAUCCGCGGCGCCAAUGCGCGGUGCCUUGCCAUGCUCAAUGCGUUUUGCCAGGUCAUCCGCGACUACACCACCCCCGAGGGCAAGGAGCUGUCCCGCGACCUGCUCCGGCAGCUGAACGAGUACGUGAACUUCCUGGUGGUGUGCCGCCCGCUCAGCGUGGGCAUGGGCAACGCCAUCCGCCACCUCAAGCUGCGCAUCUCCACCAUCCCGCCCGACACACCCGAGGCGGAGGCCAAGGAGCUGCUGGAGCAGGAGAUCGCGGACUACAUCAACGUGCGCAUCGACAGUGCCGACAAGCAGCUGGUCAACUACGCCAUGGCAAAGGUGGAGGCGCAGGGUGACGUCAUCCUCACCUUCGCCGCUUCGCAUGUCGUACAGCGGGCGCUGGUGGAGGCAGCGCGCGCCGGCAAGUCCUUCCGCGUGGUGGUCAUGGACUCGCGGCCGGAGCUGGAGGGGCGCUCCACGCUGGCUCGGCUGCUGGCGGCGGGCAUCCCCUGCACCUACGUGCACCUCAAUGCGGCGUCGUACAUCAUCCGGGAGGUCACCAAGGUGUUCCUGGGCGCGGCUGCCGUGCUGUCUAACGGCACUGUGCUGUCGCGCGCCGGCACCGCCGCGGUGGCCAUGAUGGCGCACGCGCACAACAAGCCGGUGAUGAUCUGCUGCGAGACGCACAAGUUUAAUGAGCGUGUGCAGCUGGACAGCAUCACACACAACGAGCUGGGAGACCCGGAGGCGCUGGCGGCGGUGCCGGGCAAGCCGGAGAUCAAUGCGCUAGAGGGGUGGAGCGAGCACCCCCGGCUGCGGCUGCUGAACCUCAAGUACGAUGUCAUGCCGGCAGAGUACGUGACGAUGGUGGUGACGGAGUUCGGCAUGGUGCCGCCCACCUCCGUGCCCGUCAUCUUGCGCGAGUUCCGGCAGAGCGAGCAGACCGUAUCGGGUCCCUUCUAACCGGUUGACAGGGAAGGAGGUCGCAGCGCAGCCGUGCGGGAAGAACCACAAAUCGUUUGUGGGCCUGUCGGGUGGAUGUUGUUGGACUGAGUAGCUUGCAGCGUUUCGUUUGGAGGGAGAGCUUUUAUGCGACAUCGCACGCUACGCGUAAGCACUGUUAUCUUAUGCAUGGCAGGUUUUUGCAGGUGUAGAUAUCGUAAUGGAGCUCCACGGUGGCCACGGCUCUGCUGCUGUCACAGCUGAUGGGUAGUUGCGUCGUCAACUGGUUUGUUAGUCUCCGUAGCUCCGCAUGUCUCCGUAGCUCCGUUUGUUUCAGUGCUGCUUAUCCACAGUCUACGUUUGGGUAGAAGAAACAACGGCUUUGGGUUCGGGUUGUGACCAAAGACGGCAUGGCUGCCAGGAUGACAGUUAGUGUUUGGCUUCCGAAUUGAGCCAAGACACAGAAUUACAAAGGUGCUCAAGCCAACUUUCCUUUUGUAAGUUUGAGGCUCG